AUGAUUAAAUUUGUGAUGUUGGUGCAAAAUGCACGUAUCAAACCCACCUUUAGGUCUAAGAAAAUGGGUAAUUGUCUAAAAGAAAGCUAUAUAAAGGGGUUUGAUCGAAGCUUAAGAGGACAACAACAUCUCUCCUUUGUUUCAAAUAUUGGGAAAAUGGCCUCUCUAGUUGCUACUCUUUUAGUUGUUUUAGUGUCACUUAGCUUAGCUUCCGAAAGCUCAGCUAAUUAUCAAUACUCAUCUCCCCCACCACCAAAUGAGUCAUACCACCCUUCACCAACACCUUAUAAUCCCGCACCAGUUUACAAGUCUCCACCGCCGCCAACUCCAGUUUACAAUUCUCCACCACCACCGAAGGAGACAUACUACCCUCCCCACACUCCAGUGUACAAGUCGCCACCACCACCCAAGGAGCCAUAUUACCCUCCACACACCCCAACCUACAAAUCGCCACCACCACCCAAGGAGCCAUAUUACCCUCCACGCACCCCAACCUACAAGUCGCCACCUCCACCAACUCCCAUUUACAAGUCGCCACCACCACCAAAGGAGCAAUACUACCCUCCACACACCCCAACCUACAAGUCGCCACCUCCACCAACUCCAAUCUACAAGUCGCCACCUCUGCCAAAUCCUAUUUACAAGUCACCACCUCCGCCAAAGGAGCCAUACUACCCUCCACACACUCCAGUUUACAAGUCGCCACCUCCAUCGACUCUAGUUUAUAAGUCUCCACCUCCACCAACUCCUAUUUACAAGUCGCCACCACCACCUAAGGAGCCAUACUACCCUCCACACACCCCAAUCUAUAAGUCGCCACCUCCACCAACUCCCGUUUACAAUUCACCACCUCCACCAACUCCAGUCUAUAAGUCACCACCACCACCCAAAGAGCCAUACUACCCUCCACACAGCCCAAUGUACAAAUCGCCACCUCCACCAACUCCAGUCUAUAAGUCACCACCACCGAAAGAGCCAUUCUACCCUCCACACACCCCAGUGUACAAGUCGCCACCUCCACCAACUCUUGUUUACAAGUCGCCACCACCACCCAAGGAGCCAUACUAUCCUCCACAUACUCCAGUCUACAAGUCUCCACCUCCACCAACUCCCGUUUACAGCUCACCACCACCACCCAAGGAGCCAUACUAUCCUCCACAUACCCCAACCUACAAGUCACCACCUCCACCAACUCCAGUCUACAAGUUGCCACCACCACCCAAGGAGCCAUACUACCCUCCACACACCCCGACCUACAAGUCGCCACCACCACCCAAGGAGCCAUACUACCCUCCACACACCCCAACCUACAAGUCACCACCACCACCAACUCCGGUUUACAACUCUCCACCACCACCAACUCCGGUUUACAACUCUCCACCACCACCAACUCCAGUCUACAAGUCUCCACCACCACCCCACUAUCUUUACACCUCUCCCCCUCCUCCCUACCAUUACUAA